AUGGCAACCGCACAAAUUGAUUUGAAUCCGCCGGCAGAAACUCCUUUACCAACCGAUCUUAUGAAAACUGGACGCAAAAAACAUCGAAGAUCAUGCGUUCAAUGGUGGAAAAUAUUACCUCCGACAUAUAAAUUCUUUUUAAUCGUAAUAUUUCUAGUUGUGUUGUUGGUUUCGUAUUUGUAUGUACAAAAAUUUGUAAAUUACUUGCAACACGCCACUGGCGAUGAAGGCGAAACGAAGAAAUUCAUUCCAAAUCCCGAGUAUCCAUUGCCUCCGUCCGCUUCAAUAUUGCAUCAGUUUAAAAACGGUGCCGUUUGCUCGGAUUCGGAACAAUGCAGUAAAAUAGGCAGUGACAUAUUCGAUCAAGGUGGAAAUGUCGUUGAUGCGGCCAUUGCUACAUUGUUCUGUAACGGCAUUGCAACCGCUCAAAGUAUGGGAAUUGGCGGUGGUUCUGUCAUAAACCUCUACAUACACAAAGACAGAAAGUCGUAUUCAUUGAAUUCCAAAGAAACGGCACCGCUAGCCGCAACCGGAGAUAUGUUCAAAACAUACGAAGAAUACCAACACAGCCCAUUGAGUAUUGGAGUUCCUGGCGAAGUAAGAGGAUAUUGGGAAUUACAUGAGAAAUUCGGUUCUAUGCCAUGGAAAUCGCUGAUUAAACCAGCCAUCAAAGUCUGCGAAGAUGGAUUCAAAAUUACAAAACAUAUGGCCGAUUUUAUUGCACCAGCACUUUUCACAGACAAUCAUUUUAA